AUGCUACCCGGUGAGACUGGUUUGGGAAACCAGGCCACAUUGGCUAAAAUUGACAAGUUGAGGGAGCUGAACGUCGGCGCUAUAAUCCCGUUGCCCCAGCUUGUCGUCGUUGGAGACCAGUCAUCUGGAAAGAGUUCUGUUCUGGAGAGUCUGACGGGUUUUUCUUUCCCUCGCGCUGCUGGGCUCUGUACUCGCUAUGUGACUCAGAUAACGUGCCGCCGUGGGCCGGAGAAGGGCAUUAUCGUCUCAAUCAUUCCUCGUCCGGACGCAGAUGAGACACUCAAGGCCAAGCUCCUUCAGUUCAAGCGUCACUUGUUAAGUAUCGACGGUAGAGAUCUCGCCAGCGUCUUCGAAGAGACCAACAUUGCUAUGGGCAUCCGGAUGGGUGCGGAUGAGAAAGAUGUUGGUAGUGCGGCCUUCAGUCAAGAUAUCCUCAAGAUUGAGAUCAGUGGACCUGAUCAACAACAUCUCACUGUCAUUGAUGUUCCGGGCAUUUUCCGUGUCUCUACACCAGGGCUUACUACGGAAAGCGACAUUGUUCUCGUCGAGAAUAUGGUGAAGUCAUACAUGGAAAAUCCACGAACCAUCAUUCUUGCAGUCAUUUCUUGCACCGUCGACAUUGCCACCCAGGAGAUUCUCAAGCUUGCUGAGGCUGCUGAUCCUGAGAAAGUGCGAACGAUGGGUAUGCUCACAAAACCGGAUCUCGUCACAGAGACGGCCACCAGAGGCGUCAUCAUUGACCUGGUUCUUGGGAGACGAAGCACCCUCAAACUUGGAUACUACGUGGUCAAGAAUCGCAGUGCAGAUGAUAACUUCUCGACACUUUCUGAGCGUGCUGCCGCCGAACAGGCAUUCUUCAUGGCGCCUGCUUGGUCGCCCAUUAGCGAUCGCUGCGGCACCACAGCCCUCAAGCUCAAAGUCCGUGAGUUGCUCAUGCACAUCUCCAAGCAAGAGUUUCCCCAUGUCAAGGCGGACAUUGAGCAGCGCCUGCGUCAAUGUAGGGCUGAUCUGGAGACCAUGGGGCCGUCCAGAGCCGACUCGAAUUCCCAGAGGAUGUAUUUGGGGAAACUUGCCUCGAGGUUCCUAGCCAUUACUCAAGCUGCCCUGAACGGGUACUACGCCGGAGACAGCAUCUUCAAGAGGCAGCCGAACCUGAAGCUGAUUACGAAGAUCAUGAAGCUGAACGAGGUCUUUUCUAAUGUUUUCUGGAAGAGAGGCCACAAACAGCACUUUGGACCUACGUGGGAUGACGAGGGAGAGAGCUCGUUGGGGAGCAAUGUGGACCAGCUGCCUUUCGGAAUCCCUCUCAGCGAAUAUCCCGAGCUUAAGGCUAUUAUCCGCACAGAUGACUACCGAUGCCCUAAGCCCUCGAAGGGGCCGAUUAUGGGCCACAUCGAGGAGGUGUUCGAGUCGAACCGCGGGCCUGAGCUUGGAACAUUUGGCGGAACAAUCCUUGCUACAGUCUUCGAAGAGCAGUCAGAGAAGUGGGAGCCGCUCGUAUUGUCUCAUGUGAGCAACACAAUCGCACUUGUCCACGAGUACAUCUUCCAGCUCCUCACUGAGAUGUGCCCCGAGAAGCAGGUUCGAGACAACCUUUGGGAUGCUCUUCUGCUCGACAAGUUGAUUGAUACGUACCAACGAGCGAUGAGCCACACUCGCUUUCUUCUGGCCAUCGAGCGUGGAGGCACGCCGAACACAUUCAACCACUACUUCAAUGCGAACCUCCAGAAAAAGCGUAGCGAUUGUAUGUCCAAGACCUUCGAAGCUAUGGCAGUCUCUUCUCCUUGGGGCAACGACAACGAGCGAUACGUUGCUAUGAGUCAGAUUGGCAAGCAUGCUGUUGGCAAAGAUAAUGGGCAGCAGGUGUGUGAGGACAUCCUUGAUACGCUUAUGAGUUACUACAAGGUAUCCCGGAAGCGCUUCGUCGACGUCAUCUGCCAGCAGGUCGUUUUUCACCUCAUGCUUGAAGGCGACGGCAGCCCGCUCAAGGUCUUUAACCCGGAGCUGAUCAUGAACCUUGACACCGAACAGCUUGAGCAGAUUGCAGGUGAGGAUGCGGAGUCGAAGCAUCAGCGGCACGUCUUGAAGCGGGAGAUGGAGAGUCUGGAGGCGGCUUUGAAGGUCUUGCGGUCUUGA